AUGGCAUUUGUGGGACUCUGGUAUCAUCUCAAAGGACUCGCCCAGCAGCAUGUUUUGCUAGCGACCCUAAUCCUGUGGGGAUUGGACAGAGCUGGACGGCUGGGCAUAAUUAUCUGGCGUAAUUUUGGCCGGAAACGAACUACUGCUACCGUGGAGUUGCUCCCGGGGGAUGUAGCUCGUGUUGACGUAGCCAUGGCGCGGGCAUGGGACUUCAAAGCUGGCCAGUACAUGUACCUGUACCUCCCUUCGUUAGGUCUGUGGACCUCGCAUCCAUUCUCCGUGGCUUGGACAUUGUCCGACGCGACCAGCUGCCCGGAGAAAAGCAGCUCGAGUGAUUCUUUCAAUGGGUUAUUGGGAGAACCGCAGCAAGCGACCAUGUCAUUCUUGAUCAAGCGGCGCCACGGGUUCACCCAUAGGCUUGUGGAGAAAGUCAACAAAAGCGAUGAUGGAAAAUUCAAGGCGACUGCCCUUGCAGAGGGGCCAUUUGGUGGCCUCCAUUCCCUGUCGUCAUAUGGGACGGUGGUCCUGAUUGCGGGAGGGAUCGGGAUCACACAUCCCAUGUCCUAUAUGCAGGCGUUUGUGAAUGGAUUUGCCGCGCGGUCGACCGCGGUGCGCAGGGUGUGUUUGGUGUGGGUGGUCCGCAGCCUGGACCACCUAUCCUGGAUCCAGCCAUGGAUGACUGCCCUGCUCAAUCAUCCGGUGAUGCAAGUACCCAACGAGCAGAAGCAAUACCCGCACUUCCGUAUGUCCGAGUUUUCAUUGUCUGUGCAGAUCUACGUGACGCUGCGAGAGAGCAGUCCCGAGGAAUUUAAGAGCGAGGAAAGCCCCUGGGCCGACGCUCCACCCCCAACGGUGCCUGUUGGCAUCCAUUUCGGCAAGCCGUGCUUCGAGGAUAUCCUGACGGGGGAACAAACACGACAGAUAGGUGCCAUGGCUGUGAGUGUCUGCGGGCCGGGAGGCAUGGGCGAUGACGUACGCCAGGCGGUACGAGGGAAGCAAGAGGGUAAGACGAUGGAUUUUUACGAGGAGACGUUUUCAUGGUAG